UCAAAAUUUGGAAAGUGUUAAGAUUCUUAUAGUCUCUAUAAAUUAUACUUCCUUCACCACCACAUCCAUCUUAACCUUAAACAUCUCUUGUCCGAAACAUUACAACUUCGUCGGGCAAAAUGGCUCCACCGAGUUUGAUCAAGUCCGGUACCAACGGUGUUGACUUUACCGGAAAGCCUCUUUUCCGGUUAGAAGAUUCCAAUCUCUUAGCCAAUGGUCACGUCGUUUUAACCGAUGUUCCGGCUAACGUCACGCUCACCGCUUCACCUUACUUAACCGACAAAGACGGUGUGCCUCUCGACGUCUCCGCAGGUUCUUUCGUCGGGUUUAAACUCGACGGUGAGCCUAAAAGCCGCCACGUGGCAUCCAUCGGUAAACUCAAGAACAUUCGUUUCAUGAGCAUAUUCCGUUUCAAGGUUUGGUGGACUACUCAUUGGGUCGGGUCAAACGGACGGGACAUCGAGAACGAGACUCAGAUCAUCAUUCUUGAAAACUCCGGGUCGGGUACUGGAUCCGGAUCCGGGUCGGGUCGUCCUUACGUUCUCUUGCUGCCUCUCCUUGAAGGCUCCUUCCGUUCGUCUUUCCAACCCGGUGAAAACGAUGACGUGGCGGUCUGUGUCGAAUCCGGGUCGACCCAAGUAACCGGGUCGGAGUUUCGUCAGAUGGUGUACGUCCACGCCGGAGAUGACCCGUUCAAGCUAGUGAAAGACGCGAUGAAAGUGAUUAGGGUUCAUAUGAAUACGUUCAAGCUUCUUGAUGAGAAAUCGCCGCCGGGAAUCGUCGAUAAGUUCGGGUGGUGCACUUGGGACGCUUUUUACUUGACGGUGAACCCUGACGGCGUUCAUAAAGGUGUUAAGUGUUUAGUCGACGGUGGUUGUCCGCCGGGAUUGGUUCUUAUCGACGACGGUUGGCAAUCGAUUGGACAUGAUUCCGAUGGUAUUGAUGUCGAAGGGAUGAAUAUUACCGUCGCCGGUGAACAAAUGCCUUGCAGGCUUCUGAAGUUUGAAGAGAACCACAAAUUCAAAGACUACGUGUCUCCGAAAGAUCAAAACGACGUCGGGAUGAAAGCUUUCGUCAGAGAUCUGAAAGAAGAAUUCUCCACCGUUGAUUACAUCUACGUCUGGCACGCGCUUUGUGGGUACUGGGGAGGUCUCCGUCCUGAAGCUCCGACUCUGCCGCCGUCAACUAUCAUCCGGCCAGAGCUUUCGCCGGGACUUAAACUCACGAUGGAAGAUCUCGCCGUCGACAAGAUCAUCGAGACCGGUAUCGGACUUUGUUCGCCGGAAUUGGCGAAAGAGUUCUACGAAGGUCUUCACUCUCAUCUUCAAAACGCCGGUAUUGACGGCGUUAAAGUUGAUGUCAUCCACAUAUUGGAGAUGUUGUGUGAGAAAUAUGGCGGGAGAGUUGACAUGGCCAAAGCUUACUUCAAGGCGUUGACGUCGUCAGUGAAUAAGCAUUUUAACGGUAACGGCGUUAUUGCAAGUAUGGAGCAUUGUAAUGACUUCAUGUUCCUUGGAACUGAAGCCAUCGCUCUUGGUCGUGUCGGUGAUGACUUUUGGUGUACUGAUCCAUCGGGAGAUCCAAACGGUACGUUUUGGCUACAAGGAUGUCACAUGGUCCAUUGUGCAUACAACAGUCUCUGGAUGGGAAAUUUCAUUCAGCCUGAUUGGGACAUGUUUCAGUCCACGCACCCUUGUGCUGAGUUCCAUGCUGCUUCUCGUGCCAUUUCGGGCGGGCCUAUUUACAUCAGUGAUUGUGUUGGACAGCAUGAUUUUGAUCUCUUGAAACGUCUGGUUUUGCCCAACGGUUCGAUUUUGAGGUGUGAGUACUAUGCUCUUCCGACUCGUGAUCGUCUCUUUGAUGAUCCUCUUCAUGAUGGCAAAACCAUGCUCAAGAUUUGGAACUUGAACAAGUAUACUGGAAUUAUCGGAGCAUUUAACUGUCAAGGAGGAGGAUGGUGCAGAGAAACCAGACGCAACCAGUGUUUUUCUGAAUAUGUUAACACGCUAACAGCCACAACAAGACCUAGUGACGUUGAAUGGAACAGUGGAAAGAACCCAAUCUCCAUUGCAAACGUUGAAGAGUUUGCUUUGUUCUUGUCUCAAUCCAAGAAGCUUGUAUUGUCUGGACCAAACGACGACCUGGAGCUCACUUUAGAGCCGUUCAAGUUUGAGCUGAUCACUGUCUCCCCUGUUGUGACCAUUGAAGGUAACUCAGUCCGGUUUGCUCCGAUUGGACUGGUUAACAUGCUAAACACAAGCGGUGCGAUCAGUUCUCUGGUGUACCGUGAUGAAUCCGUUGAGGUCGGAGUUUUUGGUGCUGGGGAGUUUAGGGUUUACGCAUCGAGAAAACCUGUGAGCUGCUUGAUUGAUGGUGGAGUUGUUGAGUUUGGUUAUGAAGACUCAAUGGUGAUGGUGCAAGUGCCUUGGUCUGGUCCAGAGGGUUUGUCUUCUAUUGAGUACGUGUUUUAGAGAAGUUGAAGGUUUCCUUUUAUUUGUUUUCCUUCUAAACUCCGUGCCGUUCGUUGAGUUUUCACAACAACUCCGAGCCGUUUUUUUUACAUGGUUUCUGAGAGUGAACAAUUUAUGUUGGCUUUUUAAGUGAUGAUUUUUUUUUUUUCAUUGGUUGAAUUUGCAUUGCCACUAGUAUUCUCAUAUUUAUUUAUGAAAUAUAAUAUUUGGUUUUAGCUUUUUAA